AUGACAGCCGCUCUCGAGGUGGCAGUCCCCACACGGCCUCCCCCGUGCGCGUGUCCGCGCUGUGAAGAGAGGACCCAUUGCUCUGAUGUCACCAAGUGGAACACACGGGCCAAGAAAACAGAAGUGCUCAGUGAAGAUCUCUUACAGAUCCAGCAGUGCCUGGACACGGUGCGGUCAGUGUGCCACCAUUCCCACAAGUGCCUGAUGGCAUGCUUCCAGGGCCAGCACAGCACCGAGGCCGAGAGGAGACGCAGCAUCAGCAGAUUUGCCUGCAGAUUGGUACCUUAUAUCACCGUUCAUGCUCAGGACACCUGCCUGACCAGAACAUUCUUUUGUGCUCAAGAUGUUGCUGAGCUGAAAGCCCUGCUCACCCUGAAUUUUCUCCAGGUGCUUUUAAAGACUCGAUGA